AUGGUCCGUCCAGCACCACUUGCCUGCACGGAAUGUCGCAAGCAACACCUAAAGUGCGACGCGAAGACACCAUCUUGCUCUCGCUGUCUUGAAAACCGCUUCAACUGCUUAUAUCUCCCAUCACGGCGUGGGGGAAGACGAAAGGCUCGGGAAUCGGUAUCGCCUUCCUCCUCUGGACCGCAAGAUCUUCCAAGCCAAACAGCGCAGAACGUUCAAGAUAGAACCGAGUCUGACGCCCGCCUUGUCCGGCUUUAUUACGAAAACUUCCAUGCCGCCCACCCAAUCUUGGUCCCCGCUCCUCUGUAUGAGGAGCGCAAAUAUCCUUGGUAUUUGCACGAAGUUGUCGUCUUCGUUGGAAGCCAUUUUUUGCCGCAGUCGAAUACUUCGCUUUCUAAAUCGACUCUGGCAGCAUUGAGCACUAGCGGUGAGAGGAAUUCGUGCAAGGUUCAAGCUCUCCUCCUCUAUUCAAUAUUGUUAUGCGCACGUGAGGAAUGCUCGCAAGCUCAUGCCACGUUCUCCACCGCGGUCGACAUUGCUUUGGAGCUGGGGAUGUACCGGCGAGAUUUUGCGACAACUACAUGCGACGAAGGAGACGUCGAAGCAGAGAGCCUGCGCCGUACUUGGUGGGAGCUUUUCACCGUGGACGUUUAUAUGGCUGCUUUGCAGAAGAAGGUCGUUCUGAGAUGCAGUAGUGUUCCCUAUGACGUUGCCCUGCCUUGCGAAGAAUCGGUCUACGCCAGUCAUUCGAGCAUCCCAACUCCACCAACGCUUGCUGAGUUCAACAAAAGGAUCUUCACAGGAGAUGACGAUGACGAUGAUGAGAGAGAGACUGAACAUUCCCAUUAUUCAUCUUUCAGUUAUCGUAUCGAAGCUGUGUGUAUCUUAGCUCGUGUCAUCGUGCUCAACAGUUUACCCGAGACGCAUCGAGAUCACCUACAAGCCGUAGAAAAUGCGCUUGUCAGCUGGACAAAUCACCUCCCCGCAAGCAAAGUGGACAUCGUGGAUAUGUAUGGCAGUAUUGACGAAAUGCUUUUUCAGGCACAUACAACAAUUCAUUAUGCUGCAAUGCUUCUACAUCUGCCCAGAAGCAAUCUGCGACCUGCUCUGCCAGAUACAGGGGUCCCGAUUAGCCCGGUAAUUCCAACUCGCCUCUCGCCAUCCUUUACCCGGCAUGUCCACGACAUCAAAGCCACAGAAGCAUCUAAGCAACUGUCUAACCUUCUUUCUGUGCGACCAAGCGUGCAGAGAUAUAGUCCAUUUGUCGUGUUCGGACUUGUGUUAUGUGGCAUGGUGCAGCUAGCUACCAGUCGAAUACAUCCACCAGAGUGUUCGGAUCACCACUGUAACCGCAUUAUACUUGUGCUUGGCUGCCUGAAAACGUUGAAGAUCAAGUGGCCAGUUGCAAGCAGGGCCCACCAUUAUCUUAGGAAUGCAGCAUCGGAAACAUUCACAGCUUGGAUUGAGUCUCGUUAUCCGCAAAUCAGCAGCAGUGCACCUUCGGUUUCCCGCCCCGAUCCUCCGACCAGCAACUCCUUAACUGUUGACAGUAGUGCUUGGAUCGUUGCACCUGGGAUUCCGGGUGCUUUGCGCUCAGGAGACGCGGACGUCCAGAGUCUAUUUUCACCUGGGCUGCUCUCAGCUUACAUCGAUCCCACAUGUAGCGAACCACUGCUUUUGCACACGAUGCCUGACCUCGACUUUACAUGA